UGUCUCGCUUUUGCAACAAAAGUUGCAGGCUCGACAAAAAUGAAUGUGCUAGUAUGGUGACAAGAAAGUGUGAUGAGAGACAAAAGAAUGGACAGAUGAGACAAAAACAUAAUAACAUCCACAACUUUGUUGCUUGGGGUAUAAAAACAAUCCUAUAAAACAUAUAUUGACAAUUUGAACUUACACUUUUAAAUUCAAUCAGUAACCAAUCAUAGUUAUCUGUGUAAUUUUCUAGUUGAAUGUUUUGUAUAAAUGAGUAUUUUAUACCAGUAAAAGUCAUUUCAUUACAACUCUUUUUUAGGUGAGUGAAUAAAGAGGCCAAAUAUUACAGACGAUGGCAUUUUCAAAGUCCAUACCUAAGGGACAGUUCCCAAUAAAUUGUGAACUCUGUGAAAGUAACCCUAAGAUCCAAUGGAAAUGCCAAGACUGCAACCUCCUGAUGUGUCAGGCAUGUAGAUAUAAAAUACAUCCAAAAUUUAAAAAUGCUGGUAAACAUAGGAUUUGUGACAUAAAAGAGAUCAGUCUCUUUGCUGAAGGAGAUGAGACAAACAUAGAUUUCUCCAACAUUCCAUGUAUAAAACAUAAAGGUCAAGAUUAUUGUUUAUUUUGUAAAGCUUGCAAUUACUUAGUUUGUGCAACUUGUGUUUCAACAAAACAUAAUGGACAUAAAAUGGGAGAAAUAAAGGAGUUUUAUGAAAAGAAAAUGAUUAAUGUUAGAAAGCAGCAAACAGAAGUGAAAAUCAAUGAAAGAAGGUUAAAAGAGGAUGAACUUACAUUGGAAAAAAUAAACCAAAGUAAAUCAGAAAGUUAUAAUAAGGCAAAAAAGGAUAUUCUAGCUCAAAAGACAUCUCUUAUUAAAAAAGUUGCUAUGUUUUCAGAAAAACUUAUUUCUGAUCUUGAUCAAAUUCAUCAAAGUUCAAUAAAAGCAUAUGAUGAAGGUAAAGACAACAUACAAAAGUUGAAAUUAGAGACCAACAAGCAAUCUACUGAACUAGGAGAUAUUUCAAGGACUACAGAGGCAGCGACAUUCUUCAAAGAAAUUGAAAACUUAACAUUAGAUAAAAUGAAUUUAAGAUCAAUCAAAUUACCAGAUUAUAUAGUUACCCAAUUUGCUUCAGGGGAGAUUAUACAGUCAAAUUUUGGAUCAUUGCAGAAAAUGAAGAAAAUUCCAAAUUUUGAAAUAAUGCUUGAAACAUCAAAGGAAUUUCAAACAGAAUUAAAACAGAUUUGUUUGAUUUCAGCAGAUACCAAUAAUUCAUUAUGGCUAAGUGAUCCUCAAUCCUCCUUGUUGCAGAAAGUCAAACUAGAAGGCAACCAUCUGAAAGUAUUACACACAUCUAAUAUAGAGGCUUAUGGAUUAGCAGUUAAUAAUUCCAAUGACCUCCUUCUUUGUACAGAGCAUUCUAGAAUAAAACAGAUAAGCAAUGGAACUAAUCAGGUAAUUGACUCCAUAUAUAUUGCACCUUUUGAGGCAUGUUCUAUCCAUAUUACUAAAGAGAAAAUGAUAGUUGGGGUGGCAAAUGACAAUGGAGCAGCUGUCAUUGUUAUGGAUCUAAAGGGAAAGCAGCAAGCUAUCUAUCAACAUGAUAGUGAUAACAAACCUGUCUUCAAAUGUCCAUUGGUUGUAACUAGUACUGAUAGUGGCAACAUUUGUGUUCUUGAUGUUGAUACGGAAGCAGACAAAUACAAAAUUAUAGUUCUAGGAACUGCAGGGAAAGUUAUAAAUACUUAUGAAGGAAGGAAAGAUAUUGAUACAAAGCAUCCAUUCAGGUGUAGUGGAAUAGCAAUAACCCCAAGAGACAAUAUAAUAGCUUCAGACCUCAAAAGUCAUUUACUGCACAUCCUUGAUAGUGAUGGAAACUACAUUACACACUACAAGACUGAAGAUAUAGGCAUACUGUAUCCAAUGUCUCUGGCUUUCUGUACAGAUGGACAACUCUAUAUUGGAUGCAGCAACGUAGAUGAUAGCUCAGACAUAGCUAAACUUUAUGAAGUUAACUUCUAUGAGUACUAACAAAGAAAUAAUUUACAGCAUAUACUUUGUUUUCUUCUUCCAAUAGAGUUUAAGUCCAUAUAAACAAUAAUAUCAGACUAGAAAAUUCCGAAACUUACAAAAGUAGAUGCUUUAACUAAGCAGGCCAAAAAACAUUUACAACAUUUCUAUCUAUUUAUACAUCCUAGGCUUUCAUAUGUUUAGGGUUGAGGUAAAUCCAGGGAAGUGCUUAGGAGGCACAAUUUCAUAAUAUGAGUAAUUUUCAUUUACUAUAUAUUCAUUCACUGUGUAUGUAUAAGUGACAAUUGUUUAAAUAUCAGACGUAUUGAUAUUUUACAAAGUAUAUACUUAAGUUUGGAUAAAUCUUUGAUUUGGCAUUAUUGAGUCUUAAAAUCACUGUCCCUAGUGAGCCAUUCAUUGUUUUUCCCAAAAAACAAACCUUUAUAUUUUGGUCUGGUGAAAAACUUAAAGACAGAUACCUCUCCUGGAUGGGAGUAGUAAUCUAAUUUCAUUUCAUGUUACAGUGGAUAUAAAAUACAGUGUCUUAAAAAGUAAAUUUGUCUGAUUACUGAACAAUUAAGUAGCAGUUGGAGUGAAUUUCCAUAGAAAGGUCUUACUCAAGACUUCGCCAAACUGAUCAAUGGACUGUCAGACAUUUAGUCGGACAAAUUUCAAUUGUUCAUAUGAUUGAAAUUAAUCAAUUAGACUGAAAAAUUUAAGAAACAUCUUUUAUCAUUAAAAUGCAGAGAUAUAACUUAUACUGGUUUUGUUUAAAACUCUUUACCCAUUUACAUAAAAUUUAACAGUUUUCAAAGAAUUUUAUAGUGUAAAUCGUGAAUUUUAUCAGAAAAAUUGGCGGAAAUAAUAUUUAUAUUUUAUUAAAAACGAUGAUGUUGACAUAAAAUAUAUUUAAAGUGGUUUUUAUUUUUAUUUUGGCACAUGAAAAUGGUUACAAAAUUUUUUCUCUACCAGACAUUUGGAUAAGUAAAUGGCCAUAUUAUAUCUGUCUGAACAGCAGCAAAUGUGUCUGAUUUGUCCAACUGUCUGGCAUAUUUGGUGAAGUCUGCUUAUUAGUAGACAUUUUAAUUAAAAGUUUGAAUUUUGAGUAUAUGCUAUCUAU